AAGUUCCCUCUCUCACCAAAGAUCCAAUACAAUUAACUUAACCCAAAGUUGAAAAAAAGAAGUGGGGAGACUGUUAAGAAAAGCAAAAGAAAUGGAAGAAGGGUACGGCCAGAUAUCCACAUGGGAAGGCUAUGUAGAUUGGAGGAACAGACCUGCUCUCCGCGGCCGCCACGGUGGCAUGCUUGCCGCCUCCUUCGUCUUGGUUGUGGAAAUAUUGGAGAACCUAGCAUAUCUAGGAAAUGCAAGCAAUCUGGUGCUGUACAUGGAACAGUACAUGCACUUCUCCCCAUCAAAAUCUGCAAAUAACGUCACCAAUUUCAUGGGAACUGCCUUCCUUCUGGCUCUUCUUGGAGGCUUCUUAUCGGAUGCUUUCUUCACUACUUAUCACAUCUAUGUCAUGGGUGCUCUCACCGAAUUUCUGGGCUUGGUAGUACUGACGGUGCAAGCUGGCUCAUCAUCCCUAAGGCCUCCUCCAUCAUGCCACCCAGGCAACCUCCCAUGCCAAGAAGUAAACGGCGGAGAGGCCGCAAUGCUGUUCAUUGGUCUCUAUCUCGUUGCACUCGGCGUAGGAGGGAUAAAGGGAACCCUACCUCCACAUGGCGCGGAGCAAUUCGACGAGAGCACACCGGAGGGGAGGAAGCAAAGAUCAACAUUCUUCAAUUACUUUGUCUUCUGCCUCUCCUGUGGUGGCCUUAUUGCCGUUACAUUCGUGGUGUGGAUUGCAGACAAUGUAGGGUGGGUUUGGGGUUUUGGAAUCUCCACCAUUGCAAUAUUGUUGUCCAUACCAAUCUUCCUCGCCGGCUCAGCUUUUUACCGGAACAAAAUUCCUUUUGGCAGUCCUUUUACAACCAUUCUCAAGGUUAUGGUUGCGGCCACAAUGAACCCUUGCCUGAGCAGAAGCCCAAGCAAUGCCAUAGCCAACCUCGCAGGAAGUCCUUUGGAUCCACCCGAGACCGGUGAGAAAUCAGCUGAAAAUGCCAAAGAAACCAAUCACCCGCCUUGUCAAACCCCAUCCGAAACCCCAUCCGAAACCCCAUCCGAAACCCUCCGGUUCCUAAACAGAGCAGUGGCCACCAAGCCCGCUCACUCCUCCCUCCAAUGCACGGUCCAGCAAGUAGAAGAAGUCAAAAUAGUUCUCAAAAUCCUCCCCAUCUUCGGCUGCACCAUCAUACUCAACUGCUGCCUCGCUCAACUCUCCACUUUCUCUGUGCAACAAGCCGCCACCAUGAACACCCACCUCGGCUCCUUCAAAGUCCCCCCUGCUUCCCUUCCACUCUUCCCCGUCCUCUUCAUCAUGAUCCUCGCACCCGUUUACGACCACUUUAUAAUCCCACUUGCCCGUAAAGUAACCAGAUCAGAAAUGGGCAUCACUCACCUCCAACGAAUCGGGAUCGGAUUAGUCCUUUCAAUCAUAGCAAUGGCAAUAGCCGCCCUCGUCGAAAUAAAACGGAAGAGGGUCGCAACCAGCUCAGGCCUCCUCGACUCAACCAAUCCCCUACCCAUUACAUUUUUCUGGAUUGCUUUGCAAUACUUGUUCCUGGGGUCAGCAGAUUUGUUCACCCUGGCGGGGUUGUUGGAAUUUUUCUUUACAGAGGCGCCCUCGAGCAUGAGGUCUCUGGCGACUUCACUUUCAUGGGCAUCAUUAGCGAUGGGGUAUUACUUGAGCUCAGUAAUUGUGUCCAUAGUGAAUGAUAUCACGGGAAAGUCCGGCCAUCGGCCUUGGCUUUCCGGUGCUGACAUUAAUCAUUAUCAGCUCGAGAGGUUCUAUUGGUUGAUGUGCGUCUUGAGUGGGAUCAAUUUCUUGCACUAUCUCGUCUGGGCCUGCCGAUAUAAAUAUAGAGGGUCGGGAAGUAGCUAGUUCAAUUACAAAGUUGUGUGUUACAAAUUAAUCUACACAGGAUUGAUCGAACAUGCCUGAAUGGUUGCCCUUUUGGUGUAUGUAAGUGCCUUGUUUCGGGCAAUUAUUUUGUAACCAGGAUUGGUUCAAUAUUAUGGACAAUUGCAUGGAUGGUAA